AUGGGCAACGAUGCCAGAGCCCUCUACUACCUGCUGGAGAGCGCGGCUGCCUGCUUGCUCAUCUCCGACAACUACCUGGCCUUCACGAGCCUGCGCAAAGCAGAGGCCCUGAGGAGCUCGGCGGCUCAGAAAGCCCCGGUGCCGGCCUGCUUUGAAGAAGCCACCUUCCUGAGCCUGCAAGGGGAGGUGUGCUACAACGUGGGACGCGUGGAGCUGGCCAAGACGACCCUCAGGAAGGCGCUGAGCCUGCUGGGCCGGAAAUUCCCGGGCACCUCGGCUGGCGCCUUCUUUCAGCUCCUGCUGGAGCAGUCGGCGCACGCCUCUCACCAGAAGAGCAGAGGCUCCUGCCCUCCCGCAGAGGCGGGGUAA